AUGUGGGUUGUCAAAUACAUUAUUCUUAUAAUUAUUCUUCAAAUUAGUAAUUUAUUCACAAAAAAUAAUGUUUUUGUAUCACCUCAACAAACUGAUAUAAUACAAACAGCAGGAGAUGGAGCACGACUUGUUGGAGAUAUUCUUAAAUUAUUUGCCGAAAAACAACAAUCAGAUAAAAUAAAUAGUGAAAAAAUUGUUUCAACAACCAAAAAUGAUGGUAUUUUUCCAUCAUUUAAUCAAUUAUUUAUGGGAUUACCACAGAAAAAAAAUGAUGAAAAACAACAACUUAUUAUGGAAAAUAAUAAUGUUUUAACUAAUCAACAAUCUGGUGAUCCUGAGACAUGGAAAAUUUUUGCAAAUCAAAUGAUGAAUAUGUUUGGAUUAACAUCAACAACACCACAACCACCAAAAUCAACAAAUUUUUUAACUGAUACUAUUGGAAAAUAUUUUAAUAAUAUAAAUGAUAAAAAUGAUAAAGAAAAAAAUGUUUUAUUUCCAAUGACAAUAUCACCAGAAACACAAGAAACACUUUUUGGAAGUUGGGCUAAUUUAUUUAAUGGUAGUAAUAAUAAUAAAGAAAAGCAAAAAAUUGAUACUGGAGAUGGAAAUUUUGAUAGAAUUGUUAUAAGAGAAAAAGCAGAUAGUGGAAAUUUUUUUGAAAAUUUAGUUGGAACAAAAUAUAAUGAACGUGGUUUACAAUGGACAAAUGGAAAUUUAAGAUUAGUUAAUAAAAAUGUUAAAGAUGUCUUAGGUUCAGAGGUAUCUGUUCAUGAUAGAAGUAUUGAUAUACCUGUUCAAAAAUGGUUUAGUAUUGCUGAAAAUUUUUUAGGUAAUGUUAAAAAUCAAUGA